AUGGAUAAAAAAAGUGGGGGUUCUACGGCUAAUUUAACGAGACAUUUAAAACGAAAACACAUAGUUCAAUACGAAGCCAGGAAAAAAAGAUCUAUAGAAAUUCUCGAAAAAAACAUCGAUGAACCUGAUAAUGUUUCCAUAUCCGAACCUUCCCAUUCUAAUUUAACUACUAUUACACCUAUAAUUAAAAAUAAAACAGCUAACGUUACAAAAACACAAGUAUCCAUAGAUGCGUAUACAUCAAGGCCGAUGCCUAUUUCGAAAUCUAAAAAAAUUGAUGAGCAGUUAGGUAUAAUGAUGGCUAAAGAAUACCAACGGUUUAGUUUGGUCGAAAAUAAAGAGUUUAAAAAAUUUGUAUCAUUAUUAAAUCCAAGCUAUUCUUUGCCAAGUAGAAAAACAAUUACUUAUAAUAUUUUACCUCAAUUAUUAGAAAACACCAGGGAAAAGGUUAAAAGGAGUUUAGAUAAUGCAUCAUAUAUAGCAAUGAGUACGGACGGUUGGACAUCUGUUAAUAACGAAAGUUACGUCGCUGUUACAGUACAUUUUAUUGAUACUGAACUAUGCGUUUUAAAAUCUCAUUUACUAGGAUGCUAUUAUUUUGAAUUAUCACAUACAGCAAUAAAUUUAUCGACAUUUUUAAACAAUUGUUUUGAAGAGUGGAGUAUUGUAAAUAAAGUUAAAAUAGCUAUUAGCGAUAACGCUAGUAAUAUUACAGCUGCAAUAAGUUCAAAUAAAAAUUGGAAACACAUUCCUUGUUUAGCGCAUAGCAUAAAUUUGAUAGCCCAAUGUGGGUUAGAAGAAAUUAAAGAAAUACAUAAAAAGUUUAAAAAAAUAGUAGAGCAUUUUAAGCGUAGUUCUCAAGCAGCAGCAAAAUUAAAAAACACACAAAUUCAGAUGAAUUAUCCAGUACUAAAACUGAAACAAGAUGUGAUAACGAGAUGGAACUCGACUUAUGAUAUGUUUAAUAGGUGUUUAGAGACAAAAGAUCCAUUAGUAUCCACUUUGGCUAUGAUUGGUAAUACUGAAAUGUUGACGGCGUCAGAUUUUAAUUUAAUGGAUUAUUAUUGCAAACUUUUUAAGCCUUUUAAAGAAGUUACAAUUGAGUUAAGUUCGGAAAAAGGGGUAUCAAUUUCCAAAGUUAUAGUUCUCACAAAUGCAUUGUUAUCUCACAUAAAAACAAUGAGAACUGAGAAAAACUUACCACUUGGUAUUUAUUCUAUGAUUUUAAAGAUGGAAAAAAAAGCCGAAAACAGAUUUUCCGGUAUGGAAGACAAUUCUACUUUUGCUGAAGCAACUUUAAUUGAUCCACGUUUUAAAAAAAAAGGAUUUAGUAGCGAAACAUAUUAUAUCCGUACUUAUCAAAACGUCGUGGGCAAGAUUUCAAGUAUAAUUAAACGCAAAAGACAAUCUAUUAAUCAAGAAGAAAAUAUAGUUACAGAUAACGAACAAAUCACUAUGUCAACUGAAAAAAAAGAAACCUUUGAUUCACAGGUAAAAGAAGUUACAACAGUGAGAACUGACACUUCCGAUGCAAUUGUGAAAUUAGAUAAAUUUCUUAAUGAGCCUUUAAUCCCAAGGAAAUCAGAUCCUCUUGUAUGGUGGAAGGAAAUGAAACGUAUAUAUCCAAAUAUAUACCAUUUGAUGUUACAAAGAUUGGGAGUGCCAUCAACAUCAGUUCCAUGCGAACGAACGUUUUCUAAAGCAGGAUACACACAAACAGACAGGCUUAACGGAAUACCGGUUCCGCCGCCCGGUAAUAACCGGGCCCGUACACUGUGA